GUUAGUUUGCAUCGUACGCUUUCCGAGUGCGGAAGGCAAACAUCUCGAAUGCUCUGUAACCGUCAACUGAGGCUCAUGUGCGUUUUGAGUGCCGUUCAUGGUUUGGUCGCCCAAGAAAAAGGACUGUGCUGUAAAAAAGAAAUACUUGCAUCAUAGGAGCCUCUUCUCGUGUACUCGCGGGUCGCGUUCGCGUGUGCAAAGUGUGUGCAUUCAUAUCGGUGUCACAGCCUGCUUGCGUUCCAGUUUUUUUUUUUCUGAUUCUGCAUACUCGGAAGUUGGCUGUCUGAUAUUCUCAUUCAUAAAGUGCAAAGAACGGACAAGAAAAGUACCCGAAGGCAAAAGGAACAUACCAGUACUCGUAGUAGAAUCAGCAGUAGCAGUGUGUGAGUUAUAAAACACCCCGAAAAUCAAUGAAAAUUCGUGCUCGUCGGGUGGAUCUCGCGCGCGAUGGGCGGCUGAUUGUGACAGGAACGGAGAGCCUUGUGCAAGAUGAAUCCCAGUGCGCUAUCAUAAUUUAGUGUCAACUGCUGCAGGUGUUGUACUUUUUUAUACUGACCGAAAAGGUGAUUAGCGCGGAACAGGAGAAUGGAAGAGACCAGCCCGAUGAUGUGGGGAACCAGCCAAAGUUGUGCCGGAAUGAAGCUGAACCGAUAGGAAAUAUGUGCGAGAUGGGAAAUAUGAGCACUCGGUACCCUUCAAUAAUGAGAAGAAAACUUGUGUGAUUUUAUUAUCGGUCAAAGAACUAGGGUGAAAAUAGUAGACUCCAACAAAUUGUUUCUUAGAAGUGUUUUCGUAUUAUCAGUUCAGUGUGUCGCGGAUACGAAUGUGUUCUGGAGGGUGUAACAAAACGUGAAAGAAAGUAAAACAUAAUACAAGUGACAUACCAACAAGGAGAAUUACUCUACGGUUGCAGUGGAAGUAAUCCUGAUAGAAUUAAUUUCUCUGUUGUAGCUCCAUGUCCAGUACCUAUGCGAGUGGCGAUUGAUGCUCAAACGUGAUUAAAAAGCCAGCAACAACGAACAACAACCACCCGGUAGAGGUGACCAACCAUCGGAAUUCGCAGUACCUGUGUGUGUGUGUGUGUGUGGGUCUGACGAAAAUACAGUUUACCAUAUCAAAGUGCUGGGACGAGCAACGGCAUUGGAAAGGAACAUCUCCUGUUGUGUACGCACCCACUAUCAGUGACAAAUAGGAAAAUUAUAUGUAAAUUUAUGAAAAUUUGAUAAGUUUUUCUGCUCUGUCUCGGCACACUGAGGACGAGAGGAGCUCGCGUGAGCGGUUUCCGUUCGGUGUGUGUUUCCGUGGGUUUGUUUUUUUUUUGGUGCGUGCGCGUUUUUCUGUCUCCCGUUCUAUAUUCGGUGUGUAACAUAGUAGUCAGGAUUUUUUUCUGUCGCCCGGUUACUAGCCAGCUGGAAAAAAGUGUCAUAAUUUAUUUUGCUGGAUGGUGUUUGGUUAUUCGCUAGUAAUUCGUUUUAAACGGGCAUCCGCACACGAACACACGUACUAAGUUGUAAGAAAAAGGCGAUUACAUUUUUCCACAACAACAGUUGUUCGUGCGAAAAUAAAAAUUUGUCGGUGAAAUCUCCGGAGAGCAGACGAAAUCGCCGAAAAAGGAAAAAUAAAUUCGAUCAAGUGCAAAAGUGUGGGGGGCAGAGCGCAGAGCAGAAAUAAGUGAUGCGGUAAAUUAAAUACAGGGAGUUUAAAGAAAACAACAUCAACAACAGCCGAACGGCGAAGGGUGCGGACCAUCGAAGUAGGCACCGAGCAACCCUAAAUGAGGAACUAACUGUGCGACGGUGCAGCCAAAAUGAACUCGUACGAAUUUAAUGCAACCAUGGACUGCCGAGAUAAUGGAAUACUUCGCGGAGCUGUGAAAAAUAAUACAAGAGGCUGCCUCCUGGACGGAGUUCCGCCUUCAGCUCCACCAGAUGUACCACCGCGUAAUCCAACAAUGAAUCGGAUGAAUGGUCGUGUCACCGGUAACCCUACAGAGCUAGGCGUCGAUUUCGAACCGUCGUGUCUGGUGCGAACGCCGUCGGGCAACGUGUACAUUCCGAGCGGAAAUCUAGCAAUUAACAACAAAGGAUCACCGAUAGACUACAAAACGGGUUCUACCUGUUCAACUCCCACGAAGGAUACACUGAAGAGCUACGACCGCAACUGCAUGGGUCCGGUACUGCCGCCCCGGAGCGCCAUGUGUGGUCCCCCGUCACAUCACUACUCAGCACCGCUGAAUUUUCGUAAAGGCUUCACCUUCACCAAAUGUACAUGGAAGUGUACGGCUAUACUAGUUAUAUUAUUAAGUGUUAUACUUGUUAUAACAUUAUUAUUAACAGCAUCUAAUGUAUUAAGUAUAUCAUAUCCAACCACGAACCCAUGUACAGUUCUAGUCGAUGAAAAAGCAGAAAUUUCUGCAGCCAAAAGUACGAUAGCGGACGCGAAUCGGGCUUCGGAAGCCGUGAGUGCCGGUUCGGGUGCUUCCGGACGAACGAAAUCAGCUGCUGGCGGCAGUAGUAGUAGCGGUAGUAGUAGUAGUAUCAGCAGUGCCGUCGAUUCACCCUCGUUAAGCUCCGCAUCCACAUCCGCGUCUUCGUCUGCGGCAUCAACCGCGCCGGCCAACAGCAAUAGCAUUAGCAAUUCCAACAGCAACCGCAACAACGGAGGUGCACGAACAUUCCCAGCACGAAGUUUCCCACCCGAUGGCACCACCUUCUCGCAAAUCACACUCGGCCAGCGACUAUCGAAGGAAAUUACCCCGUACAGCUACUGGAACAUGCAGUUCUACCAAUCGGAACCAGCCUACGUCAAGUUCGACUACGGAAUACCGCGCGGGGCCUCGAUCGGAGUUUACGCUCGGCGAAAUGCACUGCCGACACACACUCAGUACCACUUCAAGGAGGUGCUGAGCGGUUUCAACGCACGCCAAACACGUGCCGCCACCCAUCCAUCGAUGCGUCGGGAAGUGACUCGUUACAUGGAACCAGGUCACUGGUUCCUAUCGAUUUACAACGACGAUGGAGACGCACAGGAGAUUACCUUCUACGCCACCGUUGCUGAGGAUAUGACCCAGAACUGCCCGAACGGGUGCUCUGGCAAUGGACAGUGCUUGCUCGGGCACUGUCAGUGCAAUCCAGGCUACGGCGGAGAUGAUUGCAGCGAAAGUGUCUGUCCGGUUCUGUGCUCCCAACGGGGUGAAUACAUCAACGGUGAAUGCCAGUGCAAUCCGGGCUGGAAGGGCAAGGAGUGCUCGCUGCGGCAUGACGAGUGCGAAGUUCCGGACUGCAACGGCCAUGGGCAUUGUGUCAGCGGCAAGUGUUCAUGCGUUCGCGGCUACAAGGGAAAAUACUGCGAAGAAGUGGAUUGCCCUCACCCCACCUGUUCAAGUCAUGGGUUCUGUGCCGAUGGCACGUGCAUCUGCAAGAAGGGUUGGAAAGGACCGGACUGUGCUACCAUGGACCAGGAUGCAUUGCAGUGUCUGCCGGACUGUUCCGGCCAUGGAACGUUCGAUCUAGACAGCCAAACCUGCACCUGCGAACCGAAAUGGAGCGGCGAGGACUGCUCGCAGGAACUGUGUGAUCUCAACUGUGGCCAACACGGGCGCUGUGUAGGCGAUAGUUGCCACUGUGAUCCCAGCUGGGGAGGAGAGUUCUGCAACAGUAAGCUUUGCGAUCCACGAUGCAACGAACACGGUCAGUGCAAGAAUGGAACGUGCCUCUGUGUGACGGGCUGGAAUGGAAAGCACUGCACUCUGGAGGGAUGUCCGAAUGGCUGCUCGCAACACGGUCAGUGCCACGUGAGUGGAGAAUUGAUGUGGGAAUGUCGAUGCUAUGAAGGUUGGGAUGGUCCGGAUUGCUCGGUUCCGUUGGAACAAAAUUGCGGUGAUAACAAGGACAACGAUAGAGAUGGUCUUGUCGACUGCGAGGAUCCGGAGUGCUGCGGAGGGCAUUCUUGCAAAACUAGUCAAUUGUGCGUGUCGGCACCGAAACCGAUCGACGUAUUGCUCCGCAAGCAACCGCCAGCGAUAACGGCUUCCUUCUUCGAACGCAUGAAAUUCUUGAUCGACGAAGGUAGCCUGCAAAACUACGCCAAGCUGGAAACCUUCAACGAAAGCGUUUUUUGGAAUCAUUUUAACGCAAGCCGAUCGGCCGUCAUUCGUGGGCGUGUUGUGACAUCUCUGCAGAUGGGUCUGGUGGGUGUGCGGGUGAGCACAUCGACACCCCUGGAAGGCUUCACCCUGACCCGUGAUGACGGUUGGUUCGACCUGAUGGUCAACGGAGGUGGCGCCAUUACACUUCAGUUCGGUAGAUCACCGUUUAGGCCACAAACUCGCAUAGUACAGGUUCCGUGGAACGAAGUCGUCAUCAUUGAUACGGUUGUGAUGUCAACACUUGACGACAAGGAGAAAACUGGAUCGCCCCAUACUUGUUUUUCGCACGAUUACGACUCGAUGAAACCGGUAGUGCUGGCCACCUGGAAACAUGGCUUCCAGGGUGCGUGCCCGGAUCGCAGUGCCAUCCUGGCAGAGUCUCAAGUAGUUCAGGAAUCUCUAGCUAUUCCUGGAACCGGUUUGAAUCUUGUCUACCAUAGCAGCAGAUCUGCUGGAUAUUUGUCUACUAUCAAGCUACAGCUAACGCCGGAUAACAUUCCACAAACUCUGAAGUUAAUCCAUCUACGAAUUACUAUCGAAGGAAUUCUGUUUGAACGAAUCUUCGAAGCCGACCCUGGAAUCAAGUUCACCUACCCGUGGAAUCGCUUAAACAUCUACCGCCAGCGAGUGUAUGGCAUAACGACAGCCGUGGUCAAAAUAGGCUAUCAAUACACGGACUGCAAAGACAUCAUUUGGGACGUUCAGACAACGAAACUGAGUGGCCAUGAUAUGAGCAUUUCCGAAGUAGGCGGAUGGAAUCUGGACAUUCAUCAUCGCUACAACUUCCACGAAGGUAUUCUGCAGAAGGGAGAUGGUUCGAACAUUUACUUAAAACACAAACCACGCGUUAUUUUGACAACCAUGGGUGAUGGACAUCAGCGACCGUUGGACUGUACCGAUUGUAACGGUGUUGCAUCCAAACAGCGCUUGUUGGCUCCAGUUGCCCUGGCCGCUGCUCCAGACGGUAGCCUCUAUGUAGGCGAUUUUAACUACAUUCGUCGAAUCAUGAUAGAUGGAACAGUCAAAACUGUGGUUAAACUCAACGCAACGCGUGUUUCUUACCGCUACCACAUGGCACUGAGUCCACUGGACGGUUCAUUGUAUAUUUCCGAUCCAGAAUCGCAUCAGAUUAUCAAAGUUAAGAACAAGGAUGAUUCCCACGAUCCGGAACACAACUGGGAGCCGGUAGUUGGCAGUGGUGAUCGGUGCCUUCCCGGAGAUGAAGCGCACUGUGGAGAUGGUGGAUUAGCUCGUGACGCCAAGCUAGCUUACCCGAAGGGAGUUGCAAUCUCAUCCGAUAACGUCCUUUACUUUGCCGAUGGCACAAAUAUUCGUAUGGUCGAUCGUGACGGUAUUAUCAGCACCCUGAUCGGUAACCAUAUGCAUAAAUCUCACUGGAAACCGGUCCCAUGCGAAGGAACUCUUAAAAUCGAAGAAAUGCAUCUUCGCUGGCCGACCGAACUGACAAUCAACCCAUUAGACGACACGCUGCAUAUCAUAGAUGAUCACAUGAUCCUACGCAUGACACCGGAUGGACGUGUCCGGGUGAUUGCUGGCCGUCCACUGCAUUGUGCAUCGGCCACACCGGCUACUUUUGAUUCUGAUUUGGCAGCUCAUGCUACACUGGUAAUGCCGCAAAGUAUUGCCUUUGCGCCGUCCGGAGAUCUGUACGUCGCGGAAAGUGACUCCCAGCGUAUCAACCGUAUUCGAGUGAUCGGUACGGACGGAAAGAUAGCUGCCUAUGCCGGUGCCGAAUCCAAGUGCAACUGCCUGGAACGCGGUUGCGACUGCUACGAAGCCGACCAUUACCUAGCGAUCAGUGCCAAAUUCAAUACGAUCUCAGCCAUCACUGUAACUCCGGACGGACACGUACACAUUGCCGAUCAGGCCAAUUAUCGCAUCCGCUCGGUAAUUUCAAGUCUUCCCGAAGCCGGAACUUCAAAAGAAUACGAAAUAUAUGCACCGAACGCUCAGGAAAUCUACGUGUUCAAUCGAUUCGGACAACAUAUCGCCACCAAAAAUAUCAUGACUGGAGAAACGACCUACAGUUUCCUGUACAACGUAAACACUUCGAAUGGUAAACUUAGUACGGUAACCGAUGCCGCUGGUAAUAAGGUGUUCCUGCUUCGCGACUACACCUCACAGGUGAAUUCUAUUGAAAACACCAAGGGCCAAAAAUGUAGACUUAGGAUGACUCGAAUGAAGAUGUUGCACGAACUGAGCACUCCGGACAAUUACAACGUGACUUUCGAUUACCACGGACCGACAGGACUGUUAAAAACCAAACUGGAUUCGACCGGCCGUUCAUACGUCUACAAUUACGAUGAAUUUGGUCGGCUAACGUCAGCCGUUACCCCAACGGGAAAGGUUAUCGAUCUGACGUUUGAUUUGAGCGUGAAAGGUGCUACUGUAAAGGUGAUGGAGAACUCCCAGCGCGAGGUUUCUAUGCUGAUUCAAGGUUCUUCGGUAGUGUCGCGAGUCGGAGAAGCUGCCACCAAGACUACGGUGCUGAUCGAUGGCGGAACAACGAGCGUUGCACCUUGGGGUAAUACCGUUUCGGUGGAGUCCGUCCCGUAUAUUCUUCUGGCCGAGAUCGAUCCCUUGCUCGGUGAAAGCUAUCCGGUGCCCUCGAAGCAACGAACGGAGAUCAAUGGAGAUUUGUCCAACCGGUUCGAAUGGCGCUACUUUAUUCGACAUGUUCCGGUACGGGGUAAGAAUUCCCGUGCUUUGACCCAAGUUGGCCGAAAGCUUCGUGUUAAUGGUGAAAAUCUUCUGACGUUUGAAUAUGAAAAGGACAGUUCAUCGAUCACCGUGUCGGUGGACGACAAAACAGAACUACUGAAUGUGACGUACGAUAAAUCAUCGCGACCGGUUGCUUAUCGACCGCAGUCCGGUGAGUAUGCGGAUGUUGAUUUGGAUUAUGAUCGAUUCGGUCGGUUGACUUCUUGGAAGUGGGGUACUCUGAAGGAGGAGUAUACCUUCGACCGAGCUGGACGUUUGAAUGAGAUCAAGUACGGGGAUGGUACCUCAAUUGUCUACGCUUUCAAAGAUAUGUUCAGUAGUUUACCCCUGAAAGUUACAACACCCCGUCGAUCGGACUAUCUGCUCCAGUAUGAUGACGCGGGAGCGUUACAAUCGUUGACUACACCCAGAGGCCACAUUCACGCGUUUUCACUGCAAACUUCGCUUGGAUUCUUCAAGUAUCAGUACUUCUCACCGAUCAACCGUCAUCCGUUCGAAAUUCUGUACAACGAUGAUGGACAAAUACUGGCCAAGAUACAUCCGCAUCAAUCCGGCAAGGUGGCGUUCGUGUACGACACGGCCGGGCGUUUGGAAACAAUUCUGGCUGGAUUGUCGUCUACGCAGUACACAUAUCAGGAAAGUACAAGUUUAGUAAAGAUGGUUGACGUGCUGGAACCCGGUUUUGAGCUGCGGCGUGAGUUCAAAUACCACGCUGGAGUCAUGAAGGACGAAAAAUUGAUGUUCGGCUCUAAGAGUGCUCUAGCUUCGGCCCAUUUCAAGUAUCAGUACGAUGGCAAUGCUAGAAUGAGCGGAAUCGAAAUGGACAUUGAUGGAAAGGAUUUGCCGAUUAUGCGAUUCAAGUACGGCCAGAGUCUGGGAACGCUGGAUGCGAUCAGUGAUCUAAGAAUUACUCGGAACGCAUUCAAUCGGACGGUAGUUCAGGAUACUUCGAAGCAGUUCUUCACCAUCACCGAUUUUGACGAGCAUGGACGGGUGAAGAGCGUGUUGAUCAAUAUUAAGUCGUUCGAUGUUUAUCGUUUGGAGUUGGAUUACGAUUUGAGAAACCGAAUCAAGACACACAAAGUGAUGGUGGGUCGGGUUACUUCGCUGGAUAAGGUAAACUAUAAUGCCGACGGACAUGUUAGUGAAGUGGUCGGAACCAACAGUUGGAAGUAUCUCUAUGACGAGAAUGGAAAUAUCAUUAGUAUAUUGGAGCAAGGUGACAAAACCAAUCUUGGUUACGAUACGGGAGAUCGAGUGGUGCAGAUAGGUGAUGUGGAGUUUAACAGUUACGAUGCCCGCGGGUACGUUGUACGCCGAGGAGAACAAAAGUAUCGCUACAACAAUCGAGGACAACUGAUCCAUGCACUGGAAAGAGAUCGUUUCCAGACUUGGUACUUCUAUGAUGAUUUGGGACGAUUGGUGGCGAGCCAUGACGAGAAGGGAAAUGUUACACAGUACUUCUACGCUAAUAUCAACUCACCCGAAUUGAUUACUCACAUCCAUUACCCGAAAGUGUCGAAAACGUUCCGCUUUUUGUACGACGAUCGUGACAUGCUAGUAGCGGUCGAAACCGGGGAGCAGAGGUUCUAUGUCGCCACCGAUCAGAACGGAUCCCCGAUCGCAUUCUUUGACAUAAACGGAAAUAUUGUAAAGGAAGUUCGUCGAACUCCGUUCGGUAAGGUGGUGAAAGAUUCCAACCCGGACUUCUUCGUACCGAUAGAUUUCCACGGUGGUCUACUGGAUCCUAACACCCGCCUGGUGUACACCGAGAAGCGACUGUACGACACCUCGGUGGGUCAAUGGAUGACUCCAUCGUGGGAGCAACUGGCUACCGAAAUGCGACUACAUACCGACGUAUUCAUCUACCGGUUCCACAACAACGAUCCGAUCAAUCGGAAGGAACCAAUGAACUACAUGAACGACCUCAAAUCUUGGUUGCGACUAUUCGGUUACGAUGUAACCAAAAUGCAAGGAUCGAAAUACACCAAGGAUAUGAUCUAUAAGCCGAAUGCUAUGAUCAAGUCACCCCAGCUGGCACCAGAUUUUGGCGUUAUGUCCGGAUUGCAGUGUAUCGUAGAAAAGGUUGAUGAGAAAUUCUCUGACUUUGGUUUUGUACCAAAGCCACUGCUGAAGAUGGAAUUGAAGACGAGAAAUCUCCUGCCCCGGGUCGCCUAUCGUCGGGGAGUAUUUGGAGAAGGGGUUCUGAUUUCUCGAAUCGAUGGUCGAGCUCUCGUCAGUGUGGUUGACGGUUCAAACAGCGUCGUUCAGGAUGUCGUCUCGUCCGUGUUCAACAGUUCCUACUUCCUGGAUUUGCACUUCAGCAUUCACGAUCAGGACGUGUUUUACUUUGUCAAAGAUAACAUCAUGAAGCUGCGAGAUGAUACGGAGGAACUUCGUCGGUUGGGUGGAAUGUUCAACAUCUCGACCCAUGAAAUCAAUGACCAUGCGGGAGCGAACGGCAAGGAACUUCGUCUGCACGGACCGGACGCGGUUGUGAUCAUCAAGUACGGAGUAGAUCCCGAACAGGAACGUCAUCGCAUACUGAAGCACGCUCACAAACGAGCCGUGGAACGAGCAUGGGAACUGGAAAAACAGCUGGUGGCAGCCGGUUUCCAGGGACGAGGUGAUUGGACCGAAGAGGAAAAGGAAGAACUGAUCUCGCACGGCGAUGUCGAUGGUUGGGUCGGUGUCGAUAUUCACAGCAUACACAAAUAUCCCCAGUUGGCGGAUGAUCCGGGGAAUGUGGCUUUUCAGCGCGACUCGAAGCGAAAACGACGGAAGAGCGGAAAUCACAAAACAUUGCGACAGCAUCGGCACGAAAGCUCGUGAAAUAGCAGUCUGCCAGCGUAAUCGACCCGAUCUGUGAAGCUUUCCCAAACAAACAAGAAAACAAAAGGUUAAAAGAAAUCAAGUAAAUUUCAAAGAAUGCUCUCUCUCUCUUUUAAGGAAAAUCUUUCUCCGAGAACUGAUUUGAAGAAAGAGAAGUAAAUAUUAGAAAUAUUGUGAUACAUAGAUUUAUUUUGGAUUAUUUUCAUAGGAUUAAAUGAAAAAUUUGAACAAAAAAUGAUAGGAGAAUAAAAAGGUAACCGUGGCAAGUUUUCUACACUUGAUGAUGCUCUCAUUCUCAUUCGAGUCGAGAUGAAACAUAUAGGAAAAAUGAUAAUAUCAACACAGAAUAAGCAGAACACUCAGACACCCACAUCGUGAAUGAUGUUGCAGUCAAAAGACAUGAAAGAAGAAGAAAAAAACACACGACAUAUUUUUAUAGAUGAAGGCUACAAAUCCGUGCACACCCAACCAAUCCCAUCAGCAGAAACAAUAAUCUAUUGAUUCCAAAACAAUGCUACAAAACGUACACGUAGAUAAAUAUGGUUUCCGCCAUGUUGUGAAUGAUAUUUUUUUUUUUGGUUUUCAAUUACCGACACCGACACCACAUCAUUAUCAACAAACAAUAACCGAUAACUGUUAGAACAAUUGUGCAGAAUCAAAUAAGUAAUCGAUUCCAUUAAACAAGGAAAUGUAAUCAUAAAACUAUAUGCUAAAUCAAAAAUCUCACCCCGAAGCAAGAACAAACAAAAAAAUCACUCACACACACACAUAAGCAUUCAUCAUUCGUGAAGCAGAAGUGAAACAUGAAUAUUAUCAUUUUAUAUAUUUUACAGACAGAAUGAUGAGAAGGUAGACAACAAGAUAAAAAGAGCAACAACAACAAAAAAUCUUAUAAAUAAUGAAAGGAUGUAGUUAAUUAGAUGACAAUUAAAUGUGAAAAUUGUGAAUGUCUUUUAGUGGAUAAGAAAACAGUAAGUUUUAAGGUGAGCAAAACUGACAUAAAGAACAGUAGAAUACGGAAAUUUGCAACCAACACACACUCACGUACUCAGCAACGGCUGCAGUAGUAAUCAAGCAAAAACUAACAGAAUUCGGUGUUGUGCAAGCAGUGCCAUUCAACUAGUCGAUAUGUCUUCAGUGACAGCAAAGCAAAAUAAACUUGCAAGUAAAUACAGAUAACCGGGGACAACUCAGCACAUGGUCGUGGAGAUUUUUUUUGUACAACAGAAAUCUUUAUGAUAUUCAAAAAGACAGUAAAGAAAAACAGUUGACUGACUGCGGUAAGAAGAUAGAAUCCAACCGCAAAAUAACCAAUGGAGAAAGUUGGCGGAGAAGAACGAAACAAAACGGUGCCAUAUACAGCGGGGGGAAACAGAAUGGAGGAUGGAGACGAUCAGGAAAAGUGUUGUUGAAGAAAAUGAUGAGUAAAUAUCUUAAUUAGUAGGAGACAACUGUACAGUAACUAGAUAUUAGCUAUCACAUAAGCAGACAGACAGACGAAGCGAUAUUAUAGUGAAAUCUUCUCAUUCUGCUAAAUUUUAUCACUAGUUGUGUUGGCAGCAGUGCACGUGCAGUAGGCUGAGACCUGCCGCCAGGCUAGAUGAAUUACUAUAUAAAACAAAGCAAAAAAAAAAUCUAUAAACGUGCGCGUGUAUUAGUGGAAUGGCACGGUAGGCUGGCCGUACGUUUUUUGCCAAUAAAAAAGCAAUUUUACUUUCGAUUCAUAAUCGAGCUUACAACAAAUGGCAUAUUUUUUGACCAUUCCUUCAUCCAUUCGAACGCUUUAUGAAAGGAGCGAUAGUAAAAUUACAACAAACAAACAAAAAAAACGAAAUCAUAUACAAAAAUCCGUCUUGCUUCCUGAUUUUAAACUGAAAAUUUGAAACAAUCUCUAACGACUAUCGUUUUAAGUGAAACGAACCAAAAAAAAAACAUACAACUCAAAUGGUUGACUCAAAAAGUAAGCGUGAAAUUGAAGAAAUUGCAAAUUCUCUCUAUUCUUGGCUUCUACAGGGUAUUUAUAAUAAAUUCUCACAGAUAAAUAAUACGAAAAAUGCAAACGAAACAGUCAAAGCCAUGAACAAACCGAACGAAAUACUAUAACUAGUAGUUAAACGAAAGUAAAUAACAGGAAACCAACGCCGUAUGCCGCAUUCGUGACGGACAGUUUUUAGUACAUCGCCUAUUUCAGUUGCAGCUUCCAACCCGCACACAAAAAAACAAGCAACACAGAAUGACACACGUCAUCGUCACACUCACACAAGCAGAAUACUCUCUGCUCCGCAACCGGAAUACAUACCAAUACUCGCUCAUACUCAAACUUUCUCAGUCUCUCGAUUGAAGGAGCCGCGAAAGGCAAACCAGAAAACGCUUACGAUAAUGUAGAUUUUCCUCACUGAUUUUUGUGUUUAGUUCGGAAUAGGUUUUACUGUUAGAGAGUUGAUGUUGAUUUACCAUACUGUUAGGAUUCUGCUGCCAUUGUUUGAUCCCCAUCCGCACAGCCAACCGCCAGCAACCAAUAGUUUUCCCAGCAUUGGCCGGCUGGCGUCGUUGUGAACCUAGCAGUCGGCGUCCGACUUCCGACCUUUAGAAGCUAGUGAAGGUAGAAUUUUAGAAAUAGAACAAAAAAUAAGAGAAAAAUAACUCAAAAGCAAUAUGAGGAAAAUAUUUUUUCUGCUUUAACAUGUCAUCUGUCUCUCUCUCUCUCUCUCUCUCUCUUUCCACUCCCUUGACUCUCAUACUCAGUUGAGGCUAACGUUUGUGUUGCUUUUGCUCGAAACGAGCAAAAGAUUACAUUUAACUCCGUGUUAGCUUGAUCGAUGUGUGAAAUUACUCCACCGUCGAUGUGAAAUUGUGCAAUCAAAUUUAUGUUUAAUAACACAGUGAAAUAGGGAGAAAAAAAAUCAAGCAACUUUUUGACUAUUUGUUAAGAUCUGACCUAGGGGUGACUAAAUUUUGUAAAACAAUGUAAAUAACUCGUUUUUAGAACCUGUAUAUUUAUUGUUUCCUAAAUCUGAUCUAUCCAUAGUUUUCAUAAGUUCAAUUGGACAAUUCGAAUGGCAUUAUCCAGCUGCAAAGGACACCGAUUACAACUAGAAUCAGCUGAAAUAUUGUAAAUAUGAUGAUUCAUGUGGGCUACUUCCGCUCGGUUUGAGCUCUGAUACAUCCCCGUGAAUUCAUUGAAUUACUAUAAUAUAGUAAUUGCGGCGCCAGACUACGAAAUCCUAAAACUUUCAUUUUGUACAUUAUAUUUUCCUAAACCUUCCUGUAGGAAUAGUAGGACUGUGAAAUCAAAGUUUUUAAAUAGGUCGCGAAAUUGCGUCACAUGAGAUCAAACAGCAGAGUCAAUAAGCCGCUACUGCUAAUAAAAACAGAGGGGGAAAAAAGAUACAACAGAAUAAAGACUAAAUUUGCUCGGCUGAACGACAGCCACUUGAUGAUGAAAAGGAAAAAGAAAAAUAAACGAAUGCUAGUGAGUAAAUCUCUUUUUUCUGUAAUAUAAUAAAUGGUAGAGGAAAACUCGUACAGAUACCAUGAAUCAGUCAAAAAAACGUAAAAUGAACAACAGAACAUGACACGAGACAUAGAAAAUCAUUACAAGUAUAAUUUAGUGGUAAAUAAAUUGAAGCUAAUUGCUGACAAGAAUAAACAACAAGAAUGGUGAAAAAACAACAAAAUUGUAAAAAUUAUAAGUAGUGAGAUGGAAGGAUGUAAACCGAAAAGCAACAAUAUUAUUACGAUUAUUAUUAAUUAUUAUUAUUCAUGAGAAACUAAUGAUGAAAGAUAAAUAAAAAUAUUUAAAAACAAAA